ACUGCAUGGAUCCAACUGUGUAAUGGAGAGUGAGGAUAAAUGAUAGCAUCAACAUCAUUUAUUGGGCAUCAUUUUUAUUACUUUGAUCUCAAAAUCAUGAUGACCAAACUAUGUGUAGGGCCCCCUGUCACGUGAUCAUACACAGCCAAUCGUUUAAUUAGGAUCCAUACCUUUAAAUUACAGGCAAGAUAUCUCAAAAGUAUGUCAGGAAACUGGGAUAGGAAAUGAUUUUUGAGAGUUUACCGGUAAGCAAGCCGCUUUGAAUUACGCUUCUUCGCGCUUCUUGUCUUUGACUUUGGCAAUCUAUGUUUUUUGUUAAAUUUCGAACUGGGGCUCGUCGUAUUUCCUGUUCUAAACUUCGCGUGGCAUCGCCAAGCGGUGUGCAUAUUGAAAUUUACGAAGCUGCGAUAAACGCGAGGAAGACGGGGAGAACAGACAGAUUUCAUCGUGUUUUGUUGAUGAUUGAUGUUUAUUAUAGCAAGAUUACGAAAGGAAAACCCAUGUCCUUAUGUCGAAUUCGAGAGGAGCACUUUUUGCCUGCACUAAGUGCAACAGCAGACAUCCAUUUGAUGAAUUAUCGGCAGGCCAACAACUGUGUAAGGAUUGCAGAGGUGCUUAUCCUGUUGUAAAAUGUACUUACUGCAGAACAGAAUUUCAACAAGAGAAUAAAAGCAGUACAAAUGCCAUCUGCAAAAAAUGUGCACAGAAUGUGAAGAUAUAUGGCACGCCCAAACCAUGUGAGUACUGUAAUGUGAUAGCAGCAUUUAUAGGAAACAAGUGUCAGAGGUGUUCUAACUCAGAGAAGAAGUAUGGCCCACCCCAUACCUGUGAACAGUGUAAACAAAAGUGUGCUUUUGACAGGAAAGAUGAAAGGAAAAAGGUGGAUGGCAAGUUAUUAUGCUGGUUAUGCACAUUAUCAUACAAACGGGUACUUCAGAAAGCGAGAAAGCGAAAAUAUGAAUUGACCAACAGGGAGCACCAUCGAAACUCAUCCAGCGAUGCAGGGACUAGAGGCAGCAACAAUGGCGGUGGCAACACUGGAGGCGGUGCAGGGGGAGGCGGGGGAACCACUGGAAACGGAGGAGGUGGGACAAACACCCCUUCUGCGCUGUCCCCAACUACAAAUGCCACCGCUGUCACCAAUCAGAACACUGCAUCACCUCUUAAGAACAGGAAUCGUGACACACCUACCUCAAUGGGCCGUAAUCGCCCUGAGUCUUCAGGGGGUGGUGGCAGCAGUGGCUCGGGAUCAGGUAGCAAGUUUGGCCGGGAGUCAUCAAGAGAAGGAAGAGACAGAGGAGGAGAGAAAGAAAGAGAGAGAGACAGAGAAAGGCAUAGAGAUAGGAAUCGUGAUAGAGAUAGGGAUAAAGACAAGAAGGAGGAUCAUCGGCUUCAUAAAUCAUCCAAAUCUAAUGACAAGAAACAAACACUCCAUGAACCAGAUGUCAAGAGGACCAAAUUAGAACACUCCAGUAAUGGUGCCUUGCCAUCUGCAUCGUCCAAGACAGACAUGACCUUUAUUGACCCAGGAAAUACAGACCAUAUGGUAGCCAUGACCCAGCUAAGAGAACAAGUAGCUUCAUUGAAGAAAGUCUUAGCAGAAAAGGAGAAAGCUAUUCUAGAGAAAGAUAAGAAGUUGACAGAGGUGAAAGCAAUCCAGAUGCAGAUUGAAAAAGAUCUCAGGGCCAAGUUACAGACACUCCAAAAAGAACAUCAGGAUACUGUAGAUGAUUUACAGGCUAAAAACCGUGCACUCACAAAACAGGUAGCUCAACUUUCCAAGACAUCAAAAGACAGAGACAAAGAAAAAGAUAAAGAAAAAUUAAUAAUAUGACAAACAAACAAUGGACAUUCACACUCAUGAAAAGUGGAUGUAUGUAAGACUCUUGUUAGUAAUCAUCAUGAAGGCAUUCAAAAAAAAAAAGAAGCAAUGUGGCAAGAACCAUCUAUGUAUCACUGAGGAUGUUAAAGAGGACGAACCCAUAGUUGGAUGGAAGAGGGUGUAGAGAGUUUAGUACGAGUAUUUCCAUGAUUUAGCAAUUUCUCACCCUAGCUCCUUCAGAGGGAAAGGUGUUCCAGAUGAGCUAUGGCUUUGGAGGAAAUUCCCACUGAUAGCUCUCAUAAAGCAUCUUCACUUACUGCAACGAGUGAGCAGCUAGAACCUAGAUGAUAUUGCAUGCGUGAGAAAUGGUAUACGUCUGUAAAGGCAAUGAUAGAUGGUGUAGAGCGUCAAUGAGUUUAACCCUGUGAGUAUGGUCAUGUACCUAUGACUCUCCCCAGCAACAAGCUAGGGUUUCUUGCCAUCAAUCAAUCAUAUUUGAAUCGGGAGGAUGCUUCUUAGAGCUGUUUACGCAUUACUUUACACACAACCAUUGAUUCUUUCUUAUGUUUAAUUUACAAUCUGAUGUAGGUGAUUGAUGACCUGAAAAGAUGUUCCAUGUGUGUUAAGUCAUGUGUUAUUAAAAUGAACAGCUUUAUGAAACACCACCCUGGUUUCAUGAAGUAUGUCAUCAAUAGCAAGUUACAAGCAAAUGUUAUAAGCUACUGAGAUAGUGCUGUUUGAUUGGCUGAUAGCAACUUUGUCAUCUAUUUCAGCCUUUGUUAUUAAUAUUGAUAUCAGUGUGUCUGACUCUAGUCAAGCGAGAUAUAAGUAUUUAUUUUUGUUUUUAAUUUUUCAUUUGUAAUUCAUUCUUAAUUUAGUAUUGUUCAGUAUGUGCCUAGCAAGUAAUAAAAUAAUAAUAAUGCGACUUAUAAAGCGCCAAGUCCACUCUGUAGAGUGCUCAAGGCGCAAAAGUACAAAACAUGUUCAGAACAUAAGUUUACAUUUGUUUUUGGUUGGUAUGUAGUGUCUUGCCCUAUUCUUUCUUCCAACAAACUUCUUUACCAUGAGGGGGGGGGGGGGGAUGUCACAAAGCUUGACUUUACACACAAUGUUUUACCUGUGAUCUGGAGUUGACAGAGAUUCCCAGAGUUUCAAGGGGGGGUGUAUAUUUAGGGGCUAUUGGCUGAUUUCCUGUAGAAUAAUGAAUAAUAAUAAUAAUUUUUAAAAGUCAAAUCGGUUGAAAACUUCUUUGAAGUAGCGAAUUUUGUAUUCAUUGCCAGGUCUUUAGUGGCAACAAGUUUAAGCAUUGUAGCAAGACUGGCAGGGCCCUGGGAAUGAUUUUUUAAGUGGGUUGCUGAUGUAAAUUUGAAAGAAACAAAAAACAAAAACAAAAAAAAGUUUUCACUACAAAAUGGAAGUAAAAUUGAACCCAAGAAAUUUGAAAAGUAGAAAAAGGGGGUUUCUCUGUGAAAUAGAGGUUAAAUUGGUCCCAAGAAAUUUGAAAAGGAAAAAAAGGGUUUCUAUACAAAAUAAAGGUAAUGUUGGUUACAUUUUUCCAUUACUACACAUCUUCCACAACACCUGGGGGUGCUGCCUAUGGAGAAUAAUACACGCAGCACUACAACUCACUAUUUUGAAAACAAAAAAUUAUUGUGUAUAAUUUUCCACUUUUUUCAGUGAAAUUGUUCUAUAUAAAACCGGCUCAGCUAAAUAAACACAAUAAUAAGUCAACCAUAAUGAAGUUUAAGAUUUUUAUAUUGAUAUCAUAUAUGAAAGCAUAUGAUGAGGGCGGCAUUUGACCAUUAAGCCACCAUGGCAAGUGUAAGCCUUGUGGUUGGGAUUAGUCUGUUUUCAGCCACAGGCAUCUUGUAUUAAUAAUAAUAUAGGGUAUUUAUAUUGCGCACAUAUCCACCUUGUUAGGUGCUCAAGGCGCUCCUAUAUUACCCGGCUAAGCUAGGCGUUCACACCAGAGACAUUAGCCUUUUCUAAAGGAUAAUUUGAGAGUAUGUUUAAUUCAAUAGAGGGAUCACUGUCAAAAUCAUUUGAUAUUAUGUAAUAUUUGUACAAAGAGCAAAUGAACUGCUGAUGUACAUGCAUUCAUCAAUAUUUUUCUCUUGUUUUUAUUUUAAAAAAAAAAUCUUUCAUCUUUUUUAUAACUCAAGCUGGAUGUGAAAGAUCAAGAACUUUAAUAUUUAGAAGAAAAAAGGCAUACAUCUUAAUUUUGUGGAUAACAACUUGUGCUUGAUAUCAAAUUCAAAUACUUCAUAGUGAAAUGCAAUGAAUUUUUUAAAAUGAUUUAAAUUAUAUUAAAAGCUCAAAUCCCAGUGAGAUGGAUCCUACGAUCAAAUUUAUUUUGGUAAAGAUAUCGAAUUGGCAGCAACUCUGAAUGGUCAACACUGAACUUAAAAUAACUCUUUGUUAAUUGUUCCCUUUCUCAUUUCUCUAUUUUGUACUGUAGUCUAGGAAUGUUUCUACACUAAAACAGCCUUCUCAAUGCAUACAUCUCUCAGUGAUCAACGACAUUUAUUGACAAUUUGUGUAUCAGUUUGAUGUAAACUGUGAGCUUGUACUCUCCUGUACAUGUUUUUUUGUUGGAUGUGUAUCCUUUUUUUUUUGCAAGUUGAUUGCUGCUAAAUGUGCUCAAUGCAAUCACCUGAUCUACUGCAGUUAUAAUGAAGUAAACACACUAUAAUAAUAUUGAAAGAGAAUGAAUAAAUAAUGUCUUGACCUUAGAUGUGACACCAGAGCUGAGCAUAGAUACAACUUGAUUAAUUAAUUUAUUUGGUAAAUAUGCAAUAUGACUUUGUUUCCAUUCUGUUUGAUAUCAUCCCACAUGGUCUAAUUGUUCAUUUAUAACCAGCUGUCAACUCACCAUUUCAUCUAAUUGCCAUUAAGCCCAUUGACCUCUUUGUCUAAUAUUCACUUAAAGCUCUACUCAUAUUGUCUAGCAUCCACUUGGCCUAACACAGCCUUUUCUAUACAAUUCUGUUUAUAUAUCAAGUGAGUAUUAGACCGCUUGGUGUAAACUAAACUGAUAGUAGUGGGUCAUGAUGGCAACCUUACAGUUAGAUCAUAUUGAGUCAGACCAAAGGAUGUAAAGCAUAAAUUUGUUUAGUUUAACAAGUAUUUGAUCCAGGUUGUCAGGUUCUUUUAAUAGAACCCUUAUUAAAAUCAAUUUUUGUAAUUGAUUCUUCAGACAGCACACUCCAAAUAUAUUAAACCAAGUAGCAUUUAUAUUUAUUAAGGCAUGUUUAUGAUACCAGUUCUAUUAAAAUAAUCUUAUUUUUUAUUUUGUUUUGUACUGUUGAGUUGUAUGAUAAGUAUGUAACAUUUUGUCUAAAAAUAGAUUUAUCUGAUCCAGACUUACUCAUUGCCAAAUAAGACAUUGAUUCUUGGGUCUUUCACAGAAAGAGUUGAGUUUAAAUUCAACAAAAAAAACAUCAAGGACAAAUCCCUAAUACAUUUCAUUAGUUGAAAAUCAAGUUGCAUGUGGUUUUUAAAGUUUGAUUGAUUUGCAACUCUCUUUGAUAUGGGUCCCUGGUCCUUGUGAAUUUAAUAUAGAGAAGACAUAGGGCCGAUUUCAUGAAGAGCUCUAUUAUAACUGACUACAGCAACACAGCAGCCAGUCACAACCAAUGUUUCUAUUAUAGUUAACAUAGUAGUAACUCAUUACAAAAUGGACCCUUGUCCUACACAAUGCUAGUAUUUCAUUUAUACUUAGUGCAGAUUAAUAUUUGAUUAAACAGUUUUCUCGUUUGUGUGCAAACAAUGUCAUAGUUCAAACUGAGGCAAUAUUUUUACUCCACCUAAAGACACCAUCAAAUGAAUAUUUCAUUUUUCUGCCAGCAUCUCAAUUUCAAUGAUUUAAAUUGUGCAAGCUUUCAUGAGGUUAACAGAUGUUUGAUUUAUUUUGUAAUCUAUGACUCAUUGUUUGGAAUCUUUUUUGAUCAUAUUUGUGCUUCAGAUAUUUUCCCAUGUACUUUUUUCACCUUAAAUGAUAUGAAUUACCAAAAUUAUGGUCAAUAGUUGGAACUGGUUGAAAAUAGUGUUUUUGAAGAAUAUGAUACAAUGCCAAUUUAGGGAAUUUAGUGAUUUUCUCCCCUUGAAAAAUUAUAAGCAUCAAUGUCUAAACAUACUUAUGCAUUUAAAUACACAGUAUGGGUUGAAACGUCUCUUACUGCUCAAAUACUGGGUAUGAUUUGUUAGGUGCUGAAUCAAAAGGUUUUUCACAUUUUGAAACUGUUAUCACUCAAUAUUUUGCCCAAUUUCAGGCCAAGGCUUUGAGAUAUAUUUUGUCAUGUGUUUAUAAUCCACAUUUUGUGAUCAAACAAAAUAGGAAAUAUUCCCAAUUAUCAAUUUUUAACACUAAUUACUUUUCCCAUGAAACUGGCAGCAUCACAGGUCACCACCAAAGGCUACUGUGCACCUGUGUUUAUUUUGUUUGUACUUGUAUGGAAGCUACAUGAAUUAUGUCACUCCAAUACUGCAUCCCUUCUGACCUCCCAUGUCCAACCUGAUUUAGCAACCAUCUUUUUCUCAGUCGACACAUGUAUUGGGGGGGGGGGGGCAUCGUGGUCUGGUGGUUAUGACUCUCGUCUUUCAAUCUCAAAUCCCCAGCCAUGGCACAUUUUCCUCCAGCAAGAAAUUUACCCACUCUGCAUUCUACUCUGGUGAGGUGAGUGGACACCUGGUAGGAAGAAAUUCCUCGAAUGCUUUGAGCAGCUAAAGCCCGGGUGAUAAUAGCAGAGCUUUGUAUCCUCAGGAAAAAAGCGCUUUAUUAAUGCAGCUAUUAUAUCAUUUUUAUUAUUGCAAGAACCUGCCUAUGAAUGCCACCUGGUCAUAAAGACCACUUUUUAUUGUAUCCUUUUACUUUUAGGUGAUCUCUAUAUUCUUGGCUUACCAAACAUCAGUGAUAUUUGAAAAGUGGGCUUGCAAAAGAAGAUAACAAUUGUCUAUAUCCUUUGAAUUCAGAAUUUAUGAAUUUGGUACUUUUUAGUGAUAUUUCCUUGAAGGUUAUAUUGUUGUUUUAAAAUAUUUUAUUUUUAAUUCAAUUCAAAUUUGUGAUAUAUGCAAUUGGGAUUAUGGUAGUGUCAUUUUAUGUGCAUGGUUUUCGACAGAUCAAAUUCUAUAAAUGGGAAUUGUUUACUUUGUUGAUGUAUAAUGGUGAAAAUGUAACAUUAUGAACGUUUACUCUAAAAUUCAAUUCCAUUUGCUAUUGUUGAAAUAAAUGAACUCAAAUUUGUCAGAGGUCUAUGAAGAACCCGUUUUAUCACCGCAGAUUUUUAUCAUGAAUGACAAUUCUCACAUAUUGAUGCACAUUUUAUAUUUUGGUCACUUUCUUCAGUAUUGAUGCUUGAAUAUGUUGUAUAAUAUAUUGUACUCUUAACUUUUGUACAUACAUGUAGUUGAAUUACAUUGUUCUAUUUUAAGCAUAUGUAUUUUAUCUGUGUCUUAAUGUUUAAAACUUGUAGAAAUUUUGGCUAAUUUACAGGAUAUUAUGAUAUUCUCUCUCCUUCAUAUCUAUAAUUUCAUUCUGUUUGUUAUCAGAGAGCAAUACCUCAACAGGGAUGGUGCUGCGGUAAUCUGAUAGGGGUUGGGUAAAAUGAUUUUUUUUUUCUCAGUUGAAUAUUUUAAGUAUUUCAAGAUCCAGACUUCUCUUUUUAUACUCUUAUUUUUUCUACUGCACCUCCCCACCCCCUUUCCUCCAUUGCGCCACCUCUGCACAUUAUUCAUAGCUCCUUGUUGAUAAACCUCAAACAAAAGUAUGAUAGCAAAUGUUGGCUAAAUUUGUGUCCAAUUGUAUUUUUCUAUUUUGUUUGAAUGAUAAAGAGAAAGAAGAUUGAUAUGACAAGUAUCCUACUCUCCUACAUUCAUACCGCACUGUCAAGUAUGUGCUAUGAGACUGUACAUAGAACAAAUUAAAACAAAUCAAACAAUUGUAAA